AUGUCGACUUCUGACAUUGCGCAGCUAAAUGCUACGCAACAGGAAGCACUGCAGACGUACAUUGCCGUCACAGAUCAAGACCCAACGACUGCGAUACCACUGCUUCAGCGCUCAGACUGGAAUGUACAGAUCGCCAUAUCACGAUUCUUCGACGGCGAGCCAGCUUCUGACCUCUUAGCAGAGGCAAGGGCCGCCGAGACCGCACAGUCUUUACCCGCACCUUCUUCACGGCACGCUGCCAAUCUUCAGUUCGAGUCCCUCUUGGCUGCCAGUUCGAGCCCAAUACGACGCACUCCUCCAGAAGAUGUCGUCCAGAGAGUAGACACAACUGCGACCACAACUCCAGCUUACCAACCUCCGCCGUUAUUCUCCGUCUUUUUCGCGCCUUUCAAUGUGCUGUUCCGCUUAUUCAGGUCUAUUCUAUCACCUCUGUCUUUCCUCGUUCCAUCUUUCGCCUCAAGCAUCAUUAGAAAUCUCCUUACUUCCCAACCACGAUCAAGCAGAAGACAAUUACCACCCGCAGAUACUGCGAGAAGAUUUAUUCGGGAAUUUGAAGAAACCUAUACCCCUAACCCACCUCUGCCCUUUAUUGAAUCUGGCUUCAAUCUUGCUCUCGAGAACUGCAAAAGGGACAGCAAGUUUCUCCUUGCCGUACUUCUAUCCCCUUCACACGAUGAGACCUACACUUGGGUGAGGGACACUUUGAUGUCAUCGCAGCUGCACCAGUUCUUGCAAGCGCAUCAGCACGAGCUGACAUUGUGGGGUGGCAGUGUUCAAGACACGGAAGGGUAUCAAGUUUCCAAUUCUCUCAAUUGCACAAAAUUUCCUUUCGCCGCGCUAAUCUGCCAGACCACAGAAGGCACAGGCACAGGCUCGCGGCCUGGAGAAAUGACAGUAGUCAUGCGUGCUGCAGGACCCAUGCCUGCGAGCGAGCUUGUUGCCAAAUUAGGCACCGCCAUGACCGCUCAACAAUCACAACUCGCCGCGACCCGAGCACAGCGAGCCGAACAGCAAGCAGAACGUAGCCUCCGAGAAGAGCAGGACUCUGCUUAUGAAAGAUCUUUGGCACAAGAUCGUGAGCGUGCUAGACGGAAGCGUGAGGAGGAAGAGGCAAGGGCCCAAGCCGAGAAGCAAGCACUUGAAGCUGCCGCGUUAGAACAGAAGAGAGCCGAACAAGUGCAAUCGUGGCGCUUAUGGAGAAGUAGUCACAUACCCGAAGAACCAGACACGAACAGCCCUGGCACAGUACGUCUGAGCGUACGCUUAGCGGACGGGCAGCGCUUGAUAAGAAAGUUCGAAAGUGAUGCCCCUCUGGAAGACCUUUAUGCUUUUGUUGAGUGCCACGACCUGCUUGGUAUUCAAGAGAAGCUUACAAUUCCCUCACAACCGCCGGAUGACUACAAUCACGAAUACAAGUUCCGGCUUGUAUCACCAAUGCCCCGGAACGUGAUUGAUUUAGAGAGUGGUGGUACGAUUGGAGCCAGAAUAGGUCGUGGAGGCAAUCUCAUCGUCGAAGAGCUUGAUGCUGAGGACUGA